GAUAUUAGCCAACCUAGUACGAAAAGCAUUAGUAUUUCCCGUUCAUGAAAAAUGGGAGUUCCCCAAAUUCCAAGGUUCUCCAUAUAUGCUCAGGGGGGAGAUAAAAUCGGUGAUCUAGGUUACUUUAUGAGAUGUGCUUAUUGGUACUGGUAUCAAAAGGGGUUUUGGGGAGUAGCUAUUUCAGCCAUUAUUGACUUUUUAAACACAUUGGCUGUGUUUAUCCUCGCCUUUAUAUUUACAAUGCGCUUCCAUUGGGAGUCAGCUCUAAAUUGCACAGAAAACGAAUGCACCGAGGCAUUGCUGUUCAGUAAUCUUUCUAGGCCAUAUAUUAUCAAGCGAAAUUUUGUUGGAUACACAUUUGGGUUUGUAUUUUUAACCUCAUCACUGGUCGCAACUCUGUACGAAGGGUGCUUAAUGCUGCUCGCGAUCCGUAUUCAUCGCGAGGUAGAUGAGGUCUCACGUCUGGCAGGGGUAGAUACCGGCUUCCUCACCCCGAUCCAUCGCUGGGCAUACCAACGGCGUCGAGGGGUAGGGGGUUUGGAGGGGCAUGAGGCUGUGGAUAUGAAAGGCGAUCGAGAUUUCGUAUUAACUACCAUGCCGUGGGAUGUUUACUUACAUAAGAUAUGCACUUACAUUAACAAGACGAAUAAGCUCAAAUUUUACCAUGAGCCACUCGAUGCGUUGCGAGCCGUCCAGGCUCUAUUGCAGCGUGAGAACUUCCUUGUUGCCAUCCACGAUAGCGGCAUGCUCGACCACGGUACCCUGAGUUUUUUAGGCCCUGAUGCCCUUUCUUUUGUCGUAUCCACACUGUUUGACCCUUUUAACACCGUGUACAUGCGCUAUGAGAGCAUCUGGACGGUUCGCGCCCAUAUACUGGCCUACAUUAUCUUGCAUUUGUGCUUGUUUUUAUUUAUUACAACGUAUAUCACGGUGAAGGUUUUAGUGAAAAACGCGGGUCAGUUCAAGUCCAACUACAGGGAGUUUUCACAAAAUGAAUGGAACCACUGGGCGUUCUGGCGGUUUCGCCUUUUUAACGAGGUUGAUCAUCUGCACCAAUGUCGUCUUGUCAAUGCACGUGAGAUAGCGGUACGAAUGGUAUCACGCCUUUCUGUUUCGGAUAGUAUGAACCGCUUGAUGCGGCGGUUAAGCAGCACAUUUAUUUUCAUAUUUAUUACACUUUCAUUUCUUAACUCUUCCUUGCUCAUUAGUGGUCAUUUUGCAAGUCUUUCCUUUGUGUGGUGGCUUACGAUCUCGCUCCUAGUUUACACUUCAUUUUCUGAGGUUGAUCCGCGUGAGAGGGAAUACGUUUACACAGAGGAUCUGAAGGAGCUUGUGGGUGUUACCCACUUCUCCGCACCGGAGUGGUACGUCUCCGGGGACUCUUUCUACUACCAUCUCUCGAAACACUUUUUUAAGAGUCUCCUCCAUAUCAUUCUGCACGACCUCUUCUGCGAUACGAUGCAGCCGUUUCUGCUCUUGUGGGCACUUCGUGAUGGUAGUGUGGAUAACCUGUUAGAGUUUAUGCGUCGCUCAUCGGUGUUUGUGGAGGGGGUUGGUUCGGUCGUUCUGGGGAGUGCAUUUGAGAGUAUGGGAAGCCCGCUAACGCCUUUGGACGAUGCAAGUGAUUCAGAUGAUCCGUCUAGCCUAUCCCCUUUUCACUCCAACAGUAAAUUUAUGCCUAAAUUUUCCAUGUCUAAGAGGUCUGUCUCGAGUAGAAGUAUCAAGCUCUACCAGUCCGUUGCUAGUUUCGCCGCGGUCUACCCUCAGUGGAUGGUGCAGCACGUAGACGACGUCGCAAGCGCCCCGGACCCGCUUCAUGCUUUUUUAGGGGAGCUCCGUGGAUCUGUGGAGAAGCAUUUUAACGACUCAUCGCAGAGCCGAAAUUCGGAUCGGUUGCGGAAAUCAUGGAAUCCUUAUUUCAGCGUUCAGAGUUGCCAUGAACAUAACUUUUGGGAAGGCGGCAAGGCAGAUAUGACCCCGGGUUGGUGUGUGGCGAUGACGUCGCAUGAACGGGAGCGCUUAUUUGUUUCGCAGCUGGGAUUUGGCAAGACGGCCAUUGACACCCCCGUGUGCGAAACAUACAGAGCACAUAAACAUGUUCUGUACGAUAAACGGUAG